CCCGCCGAAGUGCUGCCUGUCCGCGAGGCGUUGCGAGGCUAGGCAUGGCGGCGCGGCGCGGCCUGCUCCUUGCGCUGUGAGGCGGCGCGCCCUACAUCUCCCGGCGCGUCCCACAUCUCCCGGCGCGCAUCGCUCCUCCGCAGCACCUCGGCCUUACGCUCGGAGACCUCCCGGCUCCUCCUUCUGCUCAGUCAUGGCAUCCUACAAACCCGUCGCGAUCCCGGCGGUGCCGAAGCUCGGGGAGAAGAUCACGCAAGACACGCUGUACUGGAGGGGGUACAAGACACCUGUUCAGAUUAAGGAGUUUGGUGCAAUAAAUAAAAUAGACUUCUCUCCAGUUCCUCCGUAUAACUACGCUGUCACAGCGUCCUCGAGGGUCCACAUUUAUGGACGCUAUUCUCAGGAACCAAUUAAGACAUUUUCUCGCUUCAAAGAUGCCGCCUAUUGUGCCACAUACAGGGAUGAUGGAAAAUUGCUUGUUGCUGGCAGCGAGGAAGGCAGCAUUCGCCUCUUUGAUAUUAGUGGAAGGGCACCCCUGAGACAAUUUGAUGGUCAUACAAAAGCUGUUCACGUGGUGGGCUUCCUGUCUGAUAAGUACCGAAUAUUUUCUGGUGGUGAUGAUUAUUCCUCGAGGCUGUGGGAUAUUCCGAGUGCUGCAGAAAUAGUGUCCUACAGUGAGCAUACUGACUAUGUGAGAUGUGGCUGUGCAAGUAAACUGAAUGGAGAUGUCUUUAUAACAGGUUCCUAUGAUCACACUGUGAAGGUAUUUGAUGCACGAACAAAGAGCAGUGUCAUGACGAUAGAACAUGGCCAUCCUGUGGAGAGUGUGCUUCUCUUCCCUUCUGGAGGUCUUCUAGUGUCUGCAGGAGGUCGAUAUGUCAAAGUCUGGGAUGUACUGAAGGGUGGACAAUUACUAGUUUCACUUAAAAAUCAUCAUAAGACCGUAACUUGCUUGUGCCUGAACAGCUCUGGACAAAGGUUACUGUCAGGAUCCCUGGACAGGCAUGUGAAGAUCUACAGUACAACUUCCUACAAAGUAGUCCACAGCUUCAACUAUGCAACAUCCAUCCUUAGUCUUGCACUGUCGCCUGAAGAUGAAACUAUAAUUGUAGGCAUGACCAAUGGGGUGCUGAAUGUGAAACACAGAAAACCUGAAGAAAGCAAAGAAAAGUCUCAGAAGAAGAGACAGCCAGCAUAUAGAACUUAUGUGAAAGGAAGAAAUUAUAUGCCAAAACAGGAGGAUUUCUACAUCAGUAAGCCUGUAAGAUGUAUUUUGAAAAAAUAUGACAAGCUGCUUAAGAGCUUUCAGUCAUCCAAGGCCCUGGAUGCUGUACUGGAACCACACAUUAGGCUUUAUACUCCUGAAGUUACGGUUGCAGUUAUGCAGGAACUAAAUCGCAGAGGAACAUUAAGGAGCGCGCUUGCAGGCCGAGAUGAGAAGCAAAUUAGUCUCCUCCUUACCUUUGUGACAAGGCGUGUAAUUGAACCUAGGUUUACUCCAGUACUGAUAACUGUUGCAGAGAUGAUCACUGACAUCUAUCAGCCUGUGGUUGGACAGUCAGCGCUUGUUGAUAAACAGUUCUUGAGGCUUCAGGAAGCCAUAGGAAGAGAAAUUGACUAUCAAGAGGAACUGUUAGAAGUUUUAGGAAUGAUGGAUGCACUAUUUGCUACUUUGACUGAAAAAAAAGCUACUUACCUGGAAGAGAACGAAAAUAAUGGCCUUACAAAGACUCUGGACCGGGACAUAAGUAUCUGAAUGUCAUCUGACACAACAAGAAGUCAAAAAAACUAUUUGGACUGUCUGCUGAAGUUCUUGCUUCCUGGGUGCAAUUUUGGAAAGGCUGAGAUACUUAAGAUAGGAAGAAGAACUUGUUCAAGAUUUUCCAUGUAAUAUUUUUCGAACAACAGGAUUUUAAAAUUUCAUUCCAAACCUAUUUAACUUCUAAAGCAUGCUUUGUGCAUCCAGUACUAAAUCAUUGUUCAAUUGAAAGAGCAUUUUUACUUUUUAUUCACCAGAAAAUAAUUCGGAUUUGUGUAAUUUGAACAUGUAAUCAUUCUUAUUUAAGAUUAAUCUGACACCUCAGGUACUUGGAAGACCAAGGAAUAAAAACCAAGAGUGUGUUUGAUAAUA